AUGAUGCAAGCAGCAGCAGAGAAGCUAGUUUCCGUCAUAGGUCACUGGCUACCGUUCCCGUUCCGACGAGAGCAGCAACAACAACAACAAAGAAUAGUUUUCUACGAUGAAGCUGAUGAUAACGAUAUGUGGGUGAUUUGUCCGUUCAAGAAUUGCUCAGGUUAUCUCUUGAAUGAUGGGUUUCAAACUGUUAUUGAUGCAGAUUGCCCCAUUUGUCAUAGGUUAUUCUGCUCGCGAUGCAACGUUCCUUGGCAUGCAGGUGAAACCUGUCAACAAUUCCAACACAACAAACUCAAAUGUGAAAUCCUUGAUCCCUGCGAAAACCAUUUUUCAAAGAAGAGAGAAUCUCCCUUUGGUGAUAAAGAAAAUCUUACACCAGUUUCACAGUCCAAGUCCUUAUGUCCAAUUAGAAAGAGUGCGCGUCUAUGUAAUGAGUCUCCUAGUCCUCCUCCAGUUCAAGAAGAUUUGGUGCAAUCUUGUAUUGUUGGGUGGCAAAAGACUACUUAUUGUCCAUUCAAGAAUUGUUCGGUUUUGUUGGUGAAUGAUGGCGAUGAUGUUGUUACUAGCGCGGAGUGUCCUUCAUGUCAUAGGCUAUUUUGUGCGCAAUGUAUGGUUCCGUGGCAUGGAGGAAUCAACUGUGACGAAUUCAAACAACAAAAGAAGGGGAAAGAAGCAGCAGCUGCCAUGGAGACCGAAACUGGUUCUCGACAGUCAUCAAAAUCCUUUUGUGGUGUAUGUUUUGAUUUUGUACCAGAGAAUGAUAUUGUUAGAGGUAGUGGCACAUGUAACCAUCCAUUUUGUGCUAAUUGUAUAUCUAAUCAUGUGGCUGCACAACUAAGCCAGAGUGUAAUGGAGUUUAAUUGUCCAAAUCCAAGAUGUUUCGAGGAGUUGAAGCCGCAACAUUUGCAUUCCAUUUUGCCUGAAGAAGUCAUUGUUCAAUGGGAAUCUGAAAGGAUCUAG